AUGAAGAAUCAAAAUAACAUAUCUGCGACAUUUUCUAAAAGGCGUGAUGGCCUUUUUAAGAAGGUGAGUGAGCUCUCCACCCUCUGUGGUGUUGAAAUUGCAACUGUAGUUUUUUCCCCAUCUAAAACAAGUGUUUAUUCUAUCGGACACCCUUGUGUCCUUUCGGUGGUAGAUAAGUUUCUGAAUCCUCCACCUGAUAUCGAUAGUCCACAACCUCUCGCCAAGCCUUAUCAAAAUAAGGAUGUAACCAAAAUGGAGAAGCUGAUUGAAGCAGAGGAAAAACGUGCUUUAAGGCUUCAGUCAACAAAUACAAAAGGCUCAUAUGAAGGGCUAAAUUAUUUUCAACUUCAAGAACUGAGUGACAUCCUAGAAGCAAAAUUGAAGAUGACUGAAAGAGUAGAGAUCCAACAAAAGAAGAGUGGUAUUCCAUUUUCUUUCAAAUCUUAUGGAUAUGCCUUAGCUCCUAGAGAAAACAUUUUGUCCACUUCUGAUGUUGGACCAUCUAGAUCUAAUUAA